UCGCUGAACUAAAAUAAUAAUGAUAGAAACAAAAGAAAUCAAUAAAAAAUAAUAAAUAAUGCAGAUGUAUUCUCUCAUCAUUUAAUGGAGAAACAAACCAUCCAGGCAUCCACCAUUCUGGGUUCUCCCAAUCAUGGAGACACGCUUUUCUUGCAGGCUUGUUCGUUGGAAGCAACAGUAAAGGUGGUUGUCUCCAAAUCCUUUAAAUUCCUGCAACAGUACAAGUUGUUGUCUCCAAAUCCUUUAAAUUCCUUUUAAUUGUUGUUUAUUUUAUUAAUUCAAUUGUUAGUACUAUUUUUAAUUGGUUUUAACCAUUACCCUUUUUUCUCUAUCGCCACCCAAUUCUCUUGUUCUGAGUUCCAACCUCUUAACCCAAAAAAAAAAAAGGGUUUCAACCAGAAAUUCCUUCAAUCAGAUAUCUUUUUAGGAUCAUUCACGAUCUGGGUUUUGAUGGAAUCAGCAAAUGGUGGAGAAUUUCUAUAUGGAUGUUGAAGAUCUUAAUUUUUUAGGGAGAAUUCAGAUGUUGGUUCUUCUUGCUUCUAUGAAAAUUAUAUGAUUAUUGAAGAAAAAGAGGGUGGCGUGCUUUUGGUUUUCCGUUUUCGAGUUCUCGAAGUUGGCAAGGUAUAUAUGGGUAUUCACUUAUCGAAUUAGACUUUUAGGUUGUUAUUCCGUUGUGGGUUAUUGUUGUUUUGGUUAAAAGGUUCUGUGCUGAGAGAGAACAGGGUUGCUACCAUUUCUUUCAAUAUCGUUUUACCUACGAGAAGAGUGAGGCUUCUUCACAUUAUGAUAAUCAAUUCUUUUGUAUAUAGUUUUGGAAAUUCGGUUGGGUUUGUUCUUAAUUUGAUAGUGAAGAAGGAAUUAUACAGAGAGAGUUAGAGGGUUUUUAUUCCUUUGGUUUCUGGAUGUCUGAUGAUCAUGGAAGAAUGCUUCUGCAUUAUGGGAGGUUUUGAUAUGGGUUCUUGUCCAUGAGUAAAGCUUAAAGGAUUUCUACAGAGAGAAGAAAAGAAUUUUAUCUAAUUAACCUGUGACCUAAGGAAAUCAUGAGAUUUCUGAGCAUCAUGGGAAAUUCGUUUGGGUGCUCUGCUUCUGGGGAGCGCCUGGUUUCUGCCGCGAGAGAUGGAGAUCUUCAGGAAGCCAAGGCCUUAUUGGAAUAUAAUCCGCGCUUGGCGAGGUACUCGACUUUCGGUGUUCGAAAUUCUCCCCUCCAUUACUCUGCCGCUCAAGGCCACCAUGAGAUUGUCUCUCUCUUGCUUGAAUCCGGAGUCGAUAUUAAUCUCAGGAAUUACCGUGGUCAGACUGCUUUGAUGCAAGCUUGUCAACAUGGUCACUGGGAGGUUGUUCAGAAUCUGAUAAUUUUCAAAGCUAAUAUUCGCAGAGCAGACUAUCUAAAUGGGGGUACGGCACUCCAUUUUGCUGCCUUAAAUGGGCAUUCCCGUUGCAUAAGGCUUCUCCUUGUGGAUUACAUUCCAAGCAUUCCUGAUGUUUGGAAUAUCCUUAGGAAAAGAUCCACUAAACAUGAAUCCACAGAAGAAUUUGAUGAAAGUGCCCUCCACAAAUUAAUAAAUAAACCUGCUGAUGGAGGUAUCACUGCCCUCCAUAUGGCAGCACUAAAUGGACAUGUGGAGACUCUGCAAUUACUCUUAGAAUUAGGUGCCUGCAUUUCGGAAGUUACUGUGGAAGAUGGUACUACAAUUGAUCUGAUUGGUGCCAGAAGCACACCUCUUCAUUAUGCUGCAUGUGGUGGAAAUCUGCAAUGUUGUCAAGUUUUGAUUGCCAGGGGUGCCAACCUAACUGCUGAAAAUGCAAAUGGAUGGACACCCUUGAGGGUUGCUCGUUCGUGGCAUAGAGACUCGCUUGAGGGAAUUUUAAGUGAACAGCCACAAGUCCAGCCCCAAAUUCUUCCUUCUCCAUACCUCUCUCUUCCCCUUAUGAGCAUUGUCAAAAUUGCGAGAGAAUUUGGAUGGAGAAUCAGUAAUUCAUCAAUCACAUGCCUUGAUCCAUGUGCUGUUUGUUUGGAGAGGAAAUGCACAGUAGCUGCAGAAGGUUGUGGCCAUGAGUUCUGCACUCGUUGUGCCUUGUAUCUCUGUUCCACCAACAGCACCUCAACUGCCAGAAAUGGGCCUCCAGGCUCCAUUGCAUGCCCUCUCUGCCGGUACGGCAUAGUUUCUUUUGUCAAGCUUCCAGACAUCAGCCCAAGAAUCAAAGAAAUAGCUAGGACGAGCUUAUCUUUGACCUUUUGUGCCUGCGCAUACGAGGAACCAGAACCCACUUCAAUCUCAUCCCCCUUCUGCAAAAUAGAGUACAAUUGCAACCGUAUUUCGCAUGUUGGGUCAUCCUCUUUUCGGAACCUCAGCUGCCAGAAGUUCCCAUUGGUAAGGCUCCACUCAAGCCUUUGCAUGGGAGCUCCAGACACUAGUCCGUCCUUAGUUCCAUGUGAUGCGGAACAGAGCCUACGGAAGCACUUGUGCAAGUGUUCAAGAUCAAGCUUGCGAAGAUCAGCUUCAAACAAUGAGAGUAGAAGGUCUUUGUUCUCUGUACUCAAUCAAUAUGUAGCCACAGGUAGUGGGUGUUAAAAUUUUUUGCUGGAAUGUUUUUCUUCCAUUAUAUUAAGAAUAGAAUGUUUUGAUAUUGUAAAUAGAUCAAUAUCUACAACCAUGUAAUACAAAGCGAAAAUUGUCACUGAGCCUUGAGCCAGGCAUAUUGUUUCUA